AUGCUCAAUGACCUCGGCCCUGAGCUCUUCCGCAACCGGCCGCAGACCCUGCGCACGCUCUACACGGCCGUCCUCGCGGUUGCGAUCUACAACUGCCUGGAGCUCGUCCUGCUCAUCUUCAUGACAUUCAGCAAGUAUGAGGGCCUCUACUUCUGGAGCCUGCUGCUGGCCACCGUCCCUGGAGUGCUGACGGACGCCAUCUUCCUGCUCAUGUACUACUACAUGAAGCUGCCGCCGGCGGUCGCCUUCGCCUUCGCCAGCAUCGGCUGGUGUUUCAUGAUAACCGGACAGGCCCUGGUCCUGUAUUCCCGUCUCCACAUGGUGCUACAUAACCGAUUGGGGCUGCGACUCGUGCUGGCCAUGAUUGUCAUCAGCGCCAUCCUCUUCCAUAUUCCCGACAUCGUCACCGGGUUCGGCUCGAUCGUCCCCAAUCCAGCCCGACCCCAGUUCGUCCGCGCCUUUCACAUCAUGGAGAAGAUCCAAUUGACCGGAUUCUCGGUGCAGCAGUUCAUCCUCUCGGGGCUGUACCUGUAUCUCGCGACCGGCCUGCUGGCCUUUGUGUCCGCAAAGGCCCGUCGAAAGGAGCUGCACCGGCUGAUCGCCAUGAACGUUGCCAUCAUCAUCAUGGACGUCGCCCUCGUCGUCUUCGUCUACCUGAACUGGUGGGUGGCGCACGAGUCGCUCAAGCCGUUCGUCUACAGCAUCAAGCUGAAGCUCGAAUUCGCCGUGCUGCGGACGCUGGUCUCCAUGUCCAAGUCGGCAUCUGCUAAUUUGCCGGACUUCGUCGAUCCCGAUCGGCUCGAAGGGGAUGUCAGCGCCGCCGAACACGCAGAGGACGAGACUCCUCUCCAGUCCAACAACAACAUGUAUGUUUUCAAUAAGCGAUCAAAAACAUACCCGUGA